AUGGCGGCUUCGUUUUCUUCUCGCUCGGCAAGUAACAACAAAUGGUACUUCACCCGCGAACAGAUCGAAAACAGUCCGUCUCGUCGAGCGGGACUCGAUCCCGACAAAGAGCUGUCGUACAGGCAGCAGGCUGCUAAUCUUCUGCAGGACAUGGGACAGCGGCUCAACGUAUCGCAGCUUACUAUUAACACUGCCAUUGUGUACAUGCAUCGUUUCUACAUGAUCCAGUCUUUUACACGCUUCCACCGUAAUGUGAUUGCCCCUGCCACACUCUUCUUAGCAGCAAAGGUUGAGGAGCAGCCUCGCAAGUUGGAGCAUGUGAUUAAGGUGACCCAUGCAUGUCUCAAUCCUCAAGAGCCUUCUCCAGACACUAGGAGUGAUACUUACCUGCAACAAGCCCAAGACCUGGUCAUUCUUGAGAGCAUUAUACUCCAGACCCUUGCCUUUGAAAUCACCAUCGAUCAUCCUCACACUCAUGUGGUCAAAUGCACCCAGCUUGUGCGAGUUGUUCCAGCGAGUAAGGACUUGGCACAGACGUCAUACUUUAUGGCAACCAACAGUCUGCACCUGACCACAUUUUGCCUGCAGUACAGCCCGCCUGUGGUUGCCUGUGUGUGCAUUCAUCUGGCCUGUAAAUGGUCCAACUGGGAAAUCCCUGUGUCCACAGACAGCAAGCACUGGUGGGAGUAUGUCGACCCCACAGUCACUCUCGAGCUGCUGGAUGUUCUUUUGAGCUCAAAGCAUGUUGGAAAUUGUUUUACAGAGCUCACUCAUGAGUUUCUACAGAUUUUGGAAAAGACACCUAACCGCUUAAAACGAAUUAGAAACUGGAAAAACCAGUUAGGCCAUUUCAUUUUCUCCAUUCAGGCAUCAAAUCAGACAACAAAAAAGCCAAAGGUCCAAGAAGAGGGCGACAAGACGGAGGCCAUGAUGAACAUGAUCUCUAUGGCUUCUUCUGGGAGCUCUCUGGCUGGCCUCAUGAGCCUCUCCGCCCCUCCCUGCGGCUCGUCGUCCUCCUCCUCCUCCGUUGGCACGGCUGGCCCCUCUGACGCGAAGGAGCGGGGCUCAGCAGGUGGCUCCCAACCCUGGCAGGGGGGCAGCAAGGAGCAGCAGCCCAACCACGAGCCGCCCGCCCCCACCAGGGUGUCACUGAGCUUGAGCGAGUACCGCGCCAAGCAUGCCGACGAGCUGGCUGCCCAGAAGAAGAAGCUGGAGAACAUGGAGGCCUGUGUGAAGCGGGAGUAUGCCACGGCUGCCCAGGCCCUCAUGGGCCAGCAGCGGAAGGAGAAGCAGCAGCAGCAGCAGCAGCAGCAGCAACACCACCACCACCACCAGCACCACCAGCAGCAGCAGCAAUCUACCGGCCCGCACCACUCAGGCCCCUCGGAGCCGGGCAACCCGUCGCCCAUCCUCCUGAAGAUCCCGCUGGAGGAGCGGCAGCAGGACCGCAGCUCCCUAAAGGUGCGCCUCCACCCUGGGAGUGGCCAACCGGGUGGAGGGGGGAACCAAGGUGGCGGCAGUGGGAGAGGGACCGAGCAAGACAUCAAAGUGCGCAUCCGAGUGCCAGAGAGGCGAGGGGCUUCGGGAGAAGAGGGAAAGAGCAGGGAGAAGCACAGAGAACGCUCCAACCACUACUACCACCAUCACCACCACCACCACCAUUCUUCCUCCAGUAGCACCUCCUCCUCCUCCUCCUCCUCAGCACACAAACACUCUAGCUCUGCGAGUGCCUCUGCGAGUAGCAAAAAGGUCUCAGGAGACUCUAUGAGAAUUGGCUCAUCUUCCUCGUCCAGAAAGCGAACUCACCCUUCGGAGCCUUCGGCGAGCUCCCACCCAUCCAAAGUCGGCAAAUCCUCCAGAAACUCCUACCAGCUGCCCAUUCCGUCUGUGCAUGGGCUGGCCCACGCCGCCGACAUGCCGCCCCCGCUGGGCCUCUCGCACCACCCGAGCAGCUACUCGCACCCCCGAGUCGACAAGGCCGACACCAACGGCCACGGCACGGCUGCCGGUGGCCAGUCCAACGAGUACCAGGACACGUUUGACAUGCUGAACUCGCUGCUCAGUGCCCAGGGUGUGCAGCCUGCCCAGCCUCAGAUGUUUGACUACCACUCCCAGUAUGGAGAGUACAGAUACAGCGCAGGCUCACGAGGAGGCAACGCCCAGCCUCCACCCCUCCCCUCUGAACCACCCCCACAGAUGCCACCACUGCCCAAAUGAAUCCCCGGUCUUCAGCGCUGACCACGCCACUGGUCCUGGGCUUCCAAGGCUCUGCCCCCACUCCUAUGGAUUGACAGCAAAGUAAUGUACCACUAAAUGUGUACCUUUCUGGUUUAGCUUAUUUUAUCACUUGGCUUGCCCUCUCCAUAUACACCUGUAUAUGUGGCAAUAAUGGUUAUAACUUAAAAUAAAGCAAAAUCUAGCAAAAAAAAAAAAUUGCAAAAGCAAAAUGUUAUUUAUUUAAAAAAAAAAUGUACAUACUAUUUUUGAUGUCAGUUUUAUAUAUACAGUAUGUCUAAAAAAAGUGAAUAAUGGAAUUUAUGUAAUUGACUGAUGGGGACCUUUUGUUUGGCCAAUGUCCUCUUUGAGUGUAACUAUUGAAAAGAAAAAUGAAAUGUGUUUGUUUUACAUAUGGAUUUUUCAGACUUGCUGACAUUAGUGUCUUCUUUUUUUCUAAACUGAUAUUUAUUAUAGCUUUUCGAAAUGUAAUUAGAGGUCGUUGCUUUGGAAGUAACCUGGAUUUAUUUUUGUAUUAUUUUAGCCUGCUCCUCUAUUUGCAUCUUGUGUAAAUUUAAUGGAAUUGAGAGAAUGGAAAUCUGAAAUAUGACCUCCAAAUUUGCAUCAAAUGUGACUUUAAAAUUUGACUAGUCAAUUAUUUACUGCCCCCUCCCCUUUCCCAAUUGUCCACUUUUUGUAUUAAUUAUGUAGAUGGUUAAAAUGGACAUGCAGUAUUUUUACUUUUUUUAAAAACAAAAAAAACAAAAGAUGAGAAUGUUAUAUGUAGGGAAACUUAAUGGUUUUAGAAUUGUGUAGACAUUUGGUGGGAAGCAGUCAUUGUUUUAAAUGGUUGUAAAAUCAUGCUCAAAAUGUAACUGAAUUAUAUUACAUGUGUACAUUUCAUCUAAAUACGAGCCUGAACAGUA